UGAUUCUUCGGUUGGUGCUUGCCUUCAUGUACUGUAUUCAACUUGUCAAGAUGAGGUUGUCAAAUCCACGGCCAAUGAAAUAGUUGGUAUUUUCCCCAAAUCACUGCAAAGUACAGAAAGCCCUGAACUUCAGGUAGCAUUGUGUAGUGCGUACAUACGUAUUGCUAAAAUUUGUCCCUUAUAUAUAUGGAAGCCGGCACAGCUUAUUAGUGUACUAUACUCAUCAAAACCCUGUUUGUCUCUAAUCGAGUGUAUUCAAAUGGCUGCCUGUGUUCUGGAUUCAACUCAUGCUUGCAAUGAUUAUGUUAUUGGCCAAGGCAUUUCAGUUGUUAGUGGCAAAGAUUGUGAUGUUGCAAAAGUUGGUGAGAAAAGGUCUGCUCAGAACAAUCAUAUUGACAUAAAGAGACAAAAAACACAGGACAAAAGAACAUUUCCUACUGUUGAUGCUCAUAUUAGUUGUGAAUCCACUGCAUCUUCUACAUCUGAGAAUAAUAAGAGAAAUGUAAGUGAUCUGCAAAGUUCACUUUCCAAAUUUAUUGACUUUUCAAGACCUGAAAUAUCUGGGACUUCUCCUUUGCGGCCAGAAACUUCAAUAAUGUCUCUUAGUCUGCUUGCUAUUGCAUUUUGUCUAUAUCCAAAUGUCAGCUUAGCUACAAUCAUCUUUCAGCAGGUGUUUUCCUGGAUUCCAUGGAUAUGCCAACAGGAAAAAACUACCGGAUCACUUUCAUUUGGAUUGUCUAUUUAUUUGGUAGCAAUUCACAACAUAUUACUUCUGCAAGGCUCAGUUCACAAACAGUUGUUAUUUUUGAAGGGCGAUGGCUGCUUAGAUGAUGAAAGUGGGUUAAGCCAUUUCACUCCAAGAUACGAUGAUUUGAUUUAUUUGCUGAAAUUGGCAUGGACAAAUGAGACUGGUAUUUCUCUUGCUGAUCCUAUCUGGAAGAUUAAAUGCCUUUCUAUCCAGGUUCUCUCCAAACUUGGCCCCUCGAGUGUGGAAUGCAAUCUUGAGGUUCUGGACAUGGCUAUUACUGAUGAAGCUGAACAAGUUCGAGUUGAAGCUGCUAUUUCUUUACCUGUGAUUACUUUUUACUCUGGUCACCAAAUGCAAGAAAGCAUUUUUCAAAGAUUGGAGUCACUUUGUUCCGGCAAAAAUGAUGUGGUUGGCAGAUCAAUCAUCUAUUCAUUAGGCUAUUUGUCAUGCUUAUAUAACUCAUGCGUUUAUGCUGAUAACCCAGAUGGAAGCUAUUGCCAGUUGUUUAUAAAUAGUAGCCAUGAAAGAUAUUUUCAGACAAUAGAUCUUCUUUCUAGUGGGUUUUGGUGUUCCAAAUGUGACAGAGGAGUACAACACAGUGGAUCUUUCUUGUCCAUGUCUAAACUGCAAAAUAAAAAACUUGAUAUGAACAUUUCUUGCAUUAAUUUACCUUCCCUUUUUUUGCAAUUGCUUUACAAGGAGUCAACAGAAGUCUUCCUGGUUGCUUAUGUUCACGUCCUUCCCCGAAUCCUGAAGCAUGCAGAUCGGAGUAUUCUGCUCAGUACUAGAUGUAAAUGGAUAGAGUGUAUUGAUUAUUUGCUCCUCCACAAAAUUAGAGCUGUCAGGGAAGCAUUGAGUACUGAAAUAAGUUGCUUUCUCGAUAAACACAUUUUAGAGAUCUUGUUUAUUGAUGGAGAGACGAGCAACAAGACAAAAGAGCUGAAGUUCUUGGACAGAAUUAAGCAUGCUUUAGCCGGUACUGGGGAUCCAUUGGUUUUGAUGACUAUUUUGGAAACAAUUGCUGAGAUAAUGAAUUUUUGUGAUGUUCAUGGGCAACUUUUCUUGUACUCACUUGUUUUGUUUGUUGAUCAGCUUGAUAAUGAAAAUGAGAUGGUAAGAGUGACUGCAUCACGGCUUAUACACAAGUCAUUCUAUUUGAAUCUUAAAGGAGGAUUUGAAGUGAUAUUUUCAAAGUUCUUUCACAUUAGAGAUGGAUUAUUUGAAUAUCUCUCUGCGAGGCUUGUGAGCCGCCCUGCUAUGAUCCAUGAAUUUGCAGAGGCUGUUGUUGGAAUUAAAGCUGGGGAGCUUGUUGGAAGGAUGGUUCCUUUUGUUAUACCUAGGCUGAUUGUUUCACACAAAGUUGAUGAUCAUGCAAUGAUAACAUUGCAUGAGUUGGCGAACCAUUUAGAUACUGAUGUAGUACCCCUAAUUGUCAAUUGGCUGCCAAAGGUGCUCGCAUUUGCUCUUCUCCAUGCAGAUGGAGAGCAACUAACUUCUGUUUUAGAAUUCUAUCAUGUCCAAACAGGAUCUGACCAGAAGGAAAUUUUUGCUGCUGCUUUACCUGCACUUUUAGAUGAACUCUUAUGCUUUCCUGCAGAGGAGGAUAUGAAUGAAACUGAAAGAAGGACAGCAAUAAUUCCAAUGAUGGUCCAGCAGGUUUCUGUAAUCUUGACUGGAUCUGCUGACCUUCCAACUUUUUUAAAGAAUCACUUUGUUGGACUCCUUAAUAGCAUCGAUAGGAAAAUGCUGCAUGUUGACAGCCUUCAUCUGCAGAAACAAGCCCUUAGGCGUAUAGAGAAGUUGAUUGAGAUGAUGGGAUCUUACCUCAGUACUCAUGUUCCAAAAAUUAUGGUUCUUCUUUUGUAUGCUAUUGACAAGGAAGCACUUCAAUAUGAUAGUCUAAGUGUAUUGCAAGUAUUUAUCAAGCAACUAGCUGAACUCUCUCCAUCCACCAUUAAGCAUGUUAUAUCACAAAUUGUAGCUGCGUUUAUCCCAUGCUUGGAACGCCAUAGAGAAGCCCCUUCCUUUCAUUUGAGCAAAAUUGUGGAAAUUUUGGAAGACCUUAUUGUGAAGAACAGGUUGACACUACGGCAACAAAUACGGGAACUCCCACUUUUACCUAGUAUUUCAGUUUUGUCUGCGGUGAACAUGGUUAUUCACGAGGCAAGGGGAUCAAUGACUUUGAGGGAGCACUUGCAAGAUGCCAUUGAUGGUCUUAACCAUGAAAACUUAAAUGUAAGAUAUAUGGUGGCUUGUGAGUUGAGCAAGCUGUUUAAUUCGAGAAGAGAAGAUAUCACUGCCCUAGUAGCGGGGGAAGCCAUACUGGAUUUGGAUGUCAUUAGCUCUCUAAUCACAGCUUUGCUUAGAGGCUGCGCUGAGCAGUCCAGGACAGCUGUUGGCCAGAGGUUUAAAUUAGUUUGUGCGGAUUGCUUGGGAGCAGUUGGGGCAGUUGAUCCUGCUAAGUUUAAGGUUGUUUCUUGUCAACGUUUCAAAAUUGCAUGCUCAGAUGAUGAUCUUAUUUUUGAACUUAUAAACAAGCAUCUUGCAAGAGCAUUCAGGGCUGCAUCUGACACCAUUGUUCAGGAUUCAGCUGCUUUGGCCAUACAAGAGCUUCUGAAACUAGCUGGUUGCCAAGCAUCACUCAAUGAUGCUUCAGGUACAGAUUCCCCUGAGAUAAUUGAAGAAGAAAGUAGCAAAACAUACAAUGAGAUGAAUAAGAGGGGCCAGAGAUUUUGGGAUCGUUUUUCUAUUUACAUUAAGGAAAUUAUCGCGCCAUGCUUGACCUCAAGAUUUCAACUCCCAAACAUAACCGAUUCUACAUUGUUGGGCCCGAUUUAUCAUCCUUCCAUGUCAUUUCGAAGGUGGAUAUUCUCUUGGAUCAGAAAGCUUACUGCCCAUGCAACUGGGUCUCGUUUCAGUAUCUUUAGCUCUUGCCGUGGCAUAGUACGUCAUGACAUGCAAACAGCCACUUACUUGUUACCAUAUUUGGUCCUUGAUGCUGUCUGCCACAGCACUGUUGAGGGACGUCACAGCAUAACUGAAGAGAUUCUCUCUGUUCUCAAUGCUGCAGCUUCUGGGACCAGUGGAGCUACAUUUAAUGGAAUAAUUGAGGGACAGAACGAAGUCUGUAUCCAGGCUGUCUUUACUCUGCUUGAUAAUCUUGGGCAGUGGGUGGAUGACCUCAAACAAGAAAUUGCUCUCUCCCUGUCUUCUCCAGUACCAACCUCUAAACAACCAACUAGGGUUAAAGGCACAAAUGGACUUGCUUUGGAUGCAGAUAAGCUCCUUGUGCAGUGCAGUAAUGUUUCUGAGUUGUUAUCUGCCAUUCCUAAAUUUACCCUUGCAAAGGCCUCUUUGAGAUGUCAUGCCCAUGCUCGUGCACUGAUGUACUUUGAAUCAUAUGUGCGGGAGAAGUCUGGCUCUUUCAAUCCGGCUGCUGAGAGCAGUGGCUUCUUUUCCGAUGACGACAUCUCAUUUCUCAUGGAGAUAUAUAGUGUUCUAGAUGAGCCUGAUGGCCUUUCAGGCUUGGCAAAUCUGCGGAAAUCAUCUACCCUGCAAGAUCAGCUUCUAAUAAAUGAGAAGGCAGGAAACUGGGCAGAAGUUUUAACAUUCUGUGAGCAAGCUCUGCGGCUGGAGCCUGAUUCAGUUCAAAGACACUCUGGCGUUCUGAACUGUUUGUUAAAUAUGUGCCACCUUCAGGCUAUGGUAACUCAUGUUGAUGGUUUGAUAUGUAGAAUACCUGAUUUUAAGAAGAGUUGGUGCAUGCAAGGUGUGCAGGCCGCUUGGAGGCUAGGCAGGUGGGAUCUAAUGGAUGAGUACCUUUCUGGUGCAGAAACAAAUGGUCUGAUCUGUGGCAAUUUUGAGAAUAAUGCUUCCUUUGACAUCGGGCUUGCCAAGAUUAUUCAGGCAAUGAUGAAGAAAGAUCAAUUCUUAGUUUCCGAGCGAAUUGCACAGUCUAAACAUGCAUUACUUGUCCCCUUAGCUGCUGCAGGCAUGGAUUCCUAUAUGCGGGCCUACCCAUAUGUAGUGAAGCUUCAUCUGCUCUGUGAGUUGGAAGAUUUUCAUGCUUUUUUAGGGGAUGAGUCAUUUAAAGAAAAAUCAUUCAGUCCUGAAGAUCCAAAGUUUGCUAAAAUCAUGAAGGACUGGGAUAAUAGACUGAAAUUUACACAACCAUCACUUUGGGCUAGGGAGCCACUCCUAGCCUUACGCAGACUAGUCUUUGGUGCAAGUGACCUGCGUGCACAAGUAGGUAACUGUUGGCUUCAAUAUGCUAAGCUUUGUCGCUCUGCUGGCCAUUAUGAAACAGCUCAUAGAGCAAUAUUGGAAGCGCAUGCUUUAGGCGCUUCUAAUGUGAACAUGGAGAAGGCAAAGCUUCUAUGGAGCACACGAAAAUCUGACUCUGCUAUAGCUGAAUUGGAGCAAUGCCUUCUGAAUAUGCACGUGGAAGUGCUGGGCAAUGCCGUUGUUUCAUCAUUGGCUAGUCUUUCACUUGGACUGCCAAAUCCUCCAUUACUUUGUUCCACACAAGCAUCAAAAGAGAAUCAAGAAGUGGCUAAAAUCAUUCUUCUCUAUACAAGAUGGAUCCAUCACACUGGCCAAAAACAGAAGGAAGAUAUUAUAAAUCUAUAUUCAAGAGUCAGAGAGUUGCAACCAAAAUGGGAGAAUGCAUACUUUUUCAUGGCGAAGUAUUUUGAUGAUCUCCAUGUUGAUGCCAGAAAGCGGCAAGAGGAUAACUUGCUGGUUGGACAUGGUUCGUCAGCUGGUGCUGGUAGUUCAUUAAAUCCUGCAGCUGAUGAGAAGCCCUGGUGGUCUUACCUUCCUGAUGUGUUACUGUUUUAUGCUAAAGGCCUUCACAGAGGGCACAAGAAUUUAUUCCAAGCUCUACCAAGAUUGCUAACGCUCUGGUUUGAAUUUGGAAGUAUGUACCACAGAGAUGUAUCAUCAACAAAUAAACCUAUGAAAGCUGUUCAUGCACGGGUUUUAAGUAUCAUGCGUGGUUGCCUGAAAGAUCUGCCAACAUAUCAGUGGCUUACAGUUCUGUCUCAGCUAGUCUCUCGCAUCUGUCAUCAGAAUGAAGAAACUGUUAGAAUCGUCAAGCAUAUUAUUACAUCUGUCCUGCAGGAAUAUCCACAGCAAGUUCUUUGGAUGAUGGCUGCUGUCUCUAAAUCAGCAGUAGCGGCUAGGCGUGAUGCUGCUGCUGAGAUAAUUCAAGCAGCACGAAAAGGGUUCCGCCAUGGGAGUGAUAAUAGCAAUCUGUUUGUUCAGUUUGCUGGCUUGAUUGAUCACCUAAUUAAACUGUGCUUUCACCCAGGACAGGCCAAGGCAAGGAAAAUAAAUAUCUCUACUGAGUUCAGUGCCUUAAAGCGAAUGAUGCCACUGGGGAUUAUAUUACCAAUUCAACAAGCCCUCACUGUCACACUUCCCUCCUAUGAUUCAAGCAAAACAGAUUCUCCUAGCUUCACUUUCUCAGCUGCUGAUCACCCUACAAUAUCUGGAAUUGCAGAUGAGGCUGAAAUUCUUUCAUCCCUCCAAAAGCCAAAGAAGGUUAUUUUUCUUGGGAGUGACGGUGUUCAACGUGCAUUCCUUUGCAAGCCAAAAGAUGAUCUUAGGAAAGAUGCUCGUAUGAUGGAGUUUACUGCCAUGAUAAACCGUCUCUUGUCCAAAUUCCCAGAGAGUCGAAGGAGAAAGCUUUACAUUCGCACAUUUGCUGUGAUCCCAUUUACCGAAGAUUGUGGUAUGGUUGAAUGGGUUCCACAGACUCGUGGCCUCCGUCAUAUUCUUCAAGAUAUCUACAUAACCUGUGGGAAGUUUGACCGUCAAAGGACAAAUCCCUUGAUCAAGAAAAUAUAUGAACAAUGCCAGGGUAAGAUGCCUGAUGAGGAGAUGUUUAAGUUGAAAAUUCUGCCAAUGUUCCCUCCUAUUUUUCAUCGAUGGUUCUUGACCACAUUCUCUGAGCCAGCUGCUUGGUUCCGAGCGAGGGUUGCUUAUGCCCAUACUACUGCUGUUUGGUCCAUGGUUGGGCAUAUUGUUGGGCUGGGUGACAGGCAUGGAGAAAAUGUUCUAUUUGACUCGACAACCGGAGACUGUGUUCAUGUCGAUUUUAGUUGCCUAUUCGAUAAAGGUUUACAGUUGGAGAAGCCUGAACUUGUGCCUUUUAGGUUAACCCAGAACAUGAUAGAUGGCCUUGGCAUAACUGGAUAUGAAGGCGUAUUUCUAAAAGUAUGUGAGAUAACCCUGUCUGUACUGAGAACACAUAAGGAGACACUCAUGAGUGUUCUUGAAACCUUCAUUCAUGAUCCCCUUGUUGAGUGGACUAAAUCUCACAAAUCCAGUGGUAUUGAAGUUCAAAAUCCUCAUGCACAGAGGGCUAUCAGUAACAUCAAAGCAAGGCUUGAAGGGGUUGUAGUUGGUGUGGGUGCAGCGCCAUCUCUUCCUUUAGCUGUGGAGGGCCAAGCCAGACGCCUAAUUGCGGAAGCCGUCUCACACAAGAACCUGGGAAAGAUGUAUAUAUGGUGGAUGCCCUGGUUUUAAUGACUUUUGCUGCCAUCGUGAUGGUGUACUUUUGGGGACAUGAAGUAACCAAUUCAUGGUUCUUGAGCCCUUGCAUUUCUAAUGAUUGAGUUCUACUUGUGAAACUUGAAGCUAGAAGCUUUUGAUGUUCACUCUUCCUCUCUUUUGCAUUUUAUAAUGAAAUAAUGAGCCAAACAUGAAGAUGAAGCGCAAGCAAGCUGUGAUGAAUAUAGAAAACCUUACGAGAGAUUUCUACGUGGAAUGAAGAAAGCAACUAGCACUAUUCUGUGGCUGGACUACUCAGGCUGUUGCUGAGUCGGGCAAAUGUUACUCUCCCAUGAAUUAUAUCAAGAAAGUUGUGCCCUACUAAAGAAAUCAGGUAAUUUUCCCACAACUAUUUCAACUGUUAAAAAUCAUUGUUCAAAUUCUACAGACUUAUUAAAUUGAGGGCAGUGAAAAUGAUAUGAA